UGCCCCAUCAUUGGUGUCAGUGGGAGGAAUAGUGACCCCAUCAUUGGUGUCAGUGGGAGGAAUAGUGACCCAUCAUUGGUGUCAGUGGGAGGAAUAGUGCCCCAUCAUUGGUGUCAGUGGGGAGGACUAGUGCCCCAUCAUUGGUGUCAGUGGGAGGAAUAGUGCCCCAUCAUUGGUGUCAGUGGGAGGAAUAG